AGCGCUCGCGCCUGGCUGGCCGUGUCGGUUGCAGCGGGGGACGGUAGCCGCUCCUCUUCUCUGGGCGGUUCCAUCUGAAAAGAGACGUUUAGAGGAAAAGGCUCAGCAGCUAAACUAUCCGCGCAGACACAAACAUGGCGCCUGCCUCCGCCGACAACUUCAGAUGAAAGUGUGGCGAAGAAGUGGCCGGCAAAGUUUCACAGGAGUGUUUUGCUAAGUGGCUUUUAUUCUCCGCGCGCCGUCCCGGUUUGACCCGUUUCCACUAGCAAACGUAGAAACAGGGAAUAUAUCGAGCGGAGGGAAAAAACAGCAAGUUGCCUUCAUGUCAACAUUGUCCCUCGCUGCAGUGUAAACAGCUGGUACAUCCAGCCAUGAUCGAGGACAAGGGUCACCGCGUGACCGACUACUUUGUGGUGGCCGGGCUGACUGACAAGUCCACGCCCCUCGAGCAGGAUCUGUCAGAGACCAAGUCCAGCGGGCCCAAGGCGCCCAUUACUGACUUGGCCGUCAUCAACAGGUCGGCGGGAGAAACGGUGCCUGAGGGCUUCACUUGCAUCGACAGCACCUACAGUGGCCAGCCAGCCAACCUUAAUCAUGGCAGUCUUAAGAGCCCUGAGCUGUUUCUGUGCUACAGGAGGGGUCGAGGGAAGCCCCCUCUCAUUGACAUUGGUGUGCUGUAUGAGGGUAAGGAGCGUCUGAUUCAGGGCUGCGAGGUCAUCCAGGCCACACCGUACGGCCGCUGCGCCAACGUCAACAACAGCUCCGCCACCUCGCAGCGCAUCUUCAUCACCUUCCGCCGAGCACCGCCCGUCCAGCCUCAGAACUCCCUGGCAGUGACGGACAUCUGCGUCAUCAUCACCAGCAAGGGCGAGACGCCACCACAUACCUUCUGUAAGGUGGACAAGAACCUCAACAUUGGCAUGUGGGGCUCCAAUGUGUUCCUGUGUUACAAGAAAUCAGUAUCUGCGUCCAAUUCUAUCAGUUACAAAGCUGGCCUCAUCUUCCGUUACCCACCGGAGGAUUAUGAGUCUUUCCCUCUGUCAGAAUCUGUCCCUCUGUUUUGUUUGCCCAUGGGUGCCAAGAUUGAGUGUUGGGCACCAAACACACGUGAUCCUCUGCCUGUCUUCUCCACAUUUGUCUUAACCAUCUCCUCUGGUGAAAAGGUGUACGGAUCAGCCAUCCAGUUCUACGAGCCAUAUUCAGUGGAUCAGUUGAGUGAGAAGCAGAAGAUCCAGCUGGGCGUGCUCAGCACGGUGGAGAAGAAGAUGAUCCCCAACCGGCCUGUAAACACCAAUAAAUGCAUCUGCCUGCUCUCCCGCUGGCCCUUCUUCGAGUCCUUCCGCAAGUUCCUGAUGUUCCUCUACAAGCUGUCCGUCUCAGGCCCGCACCCACUGCCUAUUGAAAAGCACAUCUCACACUUCAUGCACAAUGUCUCUUUUCCUUCCCCUCAAAGGCCAAGAAUUUUAGUCCAGCUCUCGGCACAUGACAACUUAAUCCUCUCCCAGCCUGUGUGUACACCCUUACCCCUCAGCGGGGCAGACUACGGGACUCUGCUGAUGAAUCUGGGCUCGGAGAACUGCGCCACACUGCUGCACUUUGUCCUGCUGGAGAACAAGAUCCUGCUGCACUCGCUCCGGCCUGCUGUGCUCACCGGAGUGGCCGAGGCCGUGGUGGCUAUGAUCUUUCCCUUCCAGUGGCAGUGUCCCUACAUCCCCCUGUGCCCGCUGUCUCUGGCAGACGUCCUCAACGCUCCUUGUCCAUUUAUAGUGGGUGUGGACUCCCGCUACUUUGACCUUUACGACCCCCCGCCAGAUGUUGUCUGUGUGGAUCUGGACACCAACACUAUCUACCUGUCAGACGAAAAGAGACACAACAACUGGAAGAAUCUCCCAAAGAAGCCCUGCAAGACUCUAAUGAACUCACUGAGCAACUUGCACCACCCUCUGGCCAGCGUUUCAGUGCGUCAGACGUCCCAGGAGAACUCGGCAGUGGACAUGACCCCCAUUGAGGCGGACUUCACCUGGCAGAAGAAGAAGACGUCCCUGGAGAUGGAAAUCCAGGAGACCUUCCUCCGCUUCAUGGCCUCCAUCCUGAAGGGCUACCGCUCCUACCUCAAACCCAUCACCCAGGCUCCUUCUGAGAAGGCCACGGCUGCAGACUCCCUCUACGACCUGCAAGGGUUUCUCAAAAGCAGAGACCGCGCCCACCAGAAGUUCUACUCCCAGCUCACCAAGACCCAGAUAUUCAUCCGCUUCAUUGAGGAGUGCACCUUCGUCAGCGACAAAGACACCGGCCUUGCCUUCUUUGACGAUUGCGUUGAGAAGCUUUUUCCCUCUGAUAAAAUCACCGACAAGGGCACCAAGGUUGAGGGAGAGUCAUCGGAGGACACGAGGCUUUUAGAGCUGGAUGAGUCCCAGAAGAGCGAGCACACGGUCUUCGUCAUGCCCCCUGAACCUCCAGCUGACGAUGGACCUGAACCUGCCCCUAAAUACACCUAUAAAAGUUUCCCAAAGCUGCAAGUAGAGCUGUUUGACCGUCCUCGGGAGUUGAAGCCUGCACUGAGCAGCAGGGCAGCGGGGGCCAGUCUGUCCAGCAGCCCUGCACUGCUGGCAAAGAGGACGAAGCAGGAGAUCAAGCUAGCAUACAAGAUGGCAAAGCGCUUUUACUCCAACCCUCCACUGUGGGCUCGAUGUCUGUUCAGUCACUGCUACAGCCUGUGGUUCAUCUGCCUGCCAGCAGGCGUACGAUUGGCCAAGUCAAAGAGCCGGGCCAUGCAGCAGGCGUACAAUGUCCUCCUGAAGAUGAGGACCACUGAGGUGGAGGUGCUGGAUGAGGUGUGCUACAGAGUGGUGAUGCAGCUCUGUGGUUUGUGGGGUCUCCCUGUCAUGGCUGUGCGAGUCUUGGUUGAAAUGAAAAAAGCUGGUGUACAUCCAAACGCCAUCACAUACGGAUAUUACAACAAGGCCGUCCUGGAGAGCCCAUGGCCAAGCAGGAACCGUAGUGGCCUCUUUAUGUGGACCAAGCUGCGUAAUGUGCUCCGUGGGGUGGGCCAGUUCAAGCAGGCUCUAGAUCGCACACCUUCAAAGACAGGGCCCACACUUGGUACCACAGCUGCUUCAAAAGAUGGGUCAGCACUCACCGAUGCUGACCGUUUGAGUCAUGGAAGUGCAGACAGCUCGAGUGAGGUCAACGGAGAGGAACACAACGUAUUUGCACACAGCCACAGCAUGGAAGACGCAGCAGACAACCAUUGUAGUACAGGAAGGCAGUCGGAUCAAGGCUACGGCUCCAAGGAUGAGUUACAUCAGGAGCUGGCAGAGCCGUCACACGCAGCUGUCCUUUCCACUGAAGAGAGAAACAACUCUAAAACACAGCAUAACGGAGGUGACAUUGCAGGCUCUGUGGACAGUGCUGUAGCAGUAGCAGAGCCGCCCAGUCCUGUUGACAUGCCCUCACCUGUGCCCAGCAUUGUGAAGCUGUCCACAGGGAGCUUUGAUGGAGGCAGGGAAACAGGUACAGGGAAGCUGUUCCGGAGACAAAGCAAGUCUGAUAACGUGUCUCUCCCGGAUGACGAUGCCUCGCUGGCAGCAGAUGUUGCUAACCAGACUCAACCGCAGCGGCAGAAAUCCUUUGCUGAACGCAGCUGUAGCUUCAGUGCAGAGACACGUGCUGGCAUGCUCCUAGAGAAAGGCGUGGACCACAUGGCCAGUCAGAUGGGUGCCGAUGCGCGCAUCUUGGCUGCAGCGCUCUGCGCAGGCCAAAGCCCACCUCCCAGUAGUGUGUCCAAAUCUCUGUUUAAAGACCUGGAGGAAGAACCUGAGGAUGAUCGGGGCUUGAUACUGGGGAAGCUGCCUGAAGAAGAGGGGCCAGGAGAAGCAGAAGAAGAGAAGGGAAAUGAUGUGGCGGUAGAGGGCACUGAGGCAAAAAUGGAGAAACGAGAGAGGAAGCACACUGAAACACAGGAGGAGGAUUCUGGGCUGAGAAGUGCAACCCUCGAGAGGGCGGACGUGGAGGCAGGUGCCGACCCGCUUUCCCUCCUGGUGUCAGAGACUGAAGAGUCGGCCUCUGUCACCAGCCAAGAAACACAACGCUCUGUGCCCGCUGUGGUGUCCCGCAAUCUGGCCGAGGAGAUCGAAAUGUACAUGAGCCUGAGGAGCCCUCUAGGCAUGAAGUCCUCCAGCAUGGAGCUCCAGCAGGCUCAAGGAGACUCUGCUGACUCCCCACAGCCUAAACCGUCUCUGGAGCGCAGGUCCAGCCUCCCUGUGCCUCCUGUCAAAACUCCAGCUGGCUCCCCUGGCAAUACACCCAGACGCAGCCCCAGUAUGGUCACUCGCUCCAAGACUUUUGCAGUAAAGACAAAGACGCCCUCCAACAUUGCGGGUAGCCCCAGUUCUAGAUCGGCCUCACUGACGGCUCUGGUCAAGUCCUCCCAGGGAGGGUCGUUGGGCUCAGUCAUCAACUCCAUUUCAGGUAUCAAGAUGGACACCCUCUUGUCAGGACCUAAAAUUGAUGUGCUUAAAUCAGGCAUGAAACAGGCAGCAAAUGUGGCCAGCAAAGUGUGGGGGGCAGUUGCUUCAGCGUACUCCUACUCAGACGAUGAGGAUGAACAAGCUCAGGGUGGAGGCGGCUUCCCGGUCAGUCUGGACGAACAGAUGCUGGCUGCUCACGACAUAGAUGAGAGUCCAGAGAGAGGAGUCAUUCCAGGGCUGGUGGCCAACGGUCUGAACCAGAGCUGCACCAGCCUGGGCAGCAGCAGUGGCAGCAGCGACACAGGCCGGGGGACACACCAGACACAUCCAACUCCAGGAAGAACAGGCAGAGGUCCAGACUCUGAGCAGGGCUCCUCUCUUCACGCCUCCUCCUCGAGCAUUUACCAGAACUGUGCACUGGAGGUGCUGAUGUCCAGCUGCUCCCAGUGCCGCUCUUGUGAAGCCCUGGUGUACGAUGAGGAGAUAAUGGCGGGCUGGACGGCCGACGACUCCAAUCUGAAUACCAACUGUCCUUUCUGUCGCACAGCCUUUCUGCCCUUAUUGCACAUCGAGUUUCAUGACUUGCGCACAGUGACCGGGUUCUACAUGAAUCCCAGUGCCUCAGGAGACAGCAUCCACAGCACCAGUGCCCAGCCCACAGCCAGCAGCUCCGCCGACAUUAAGGCCCCAGACCUCAUUUCUUUCCCUGAAGAGGAACCGCGGGAGACUCCGGACGAUCGGCCUGGAACACAUAAGAGUCUGAUUCCUGAACCCGUGCAGUCGGACCCCUUGGGUCUCCUGGAGCACCAGGCAGCAGGGAGGCACCAGAGAUGCAGCGGGACGUCGCUGACACGCAGCAACAGUGUUGGUGGACCGCUGCAGAGUCUCGACUACUCUCAGAGACCCGGACACGGCGUCUCCACCACCAGCCUGCCCUGCAGCCUGCAAGAGGUGUCGGAUGGCAUGGGGACCAAACGGCCAAACCCGAAGCCUGUGUCCGUACCAUACCUCAGCCCCUUGGUGCUGCGCAAGGAGCUGGAGACCCUGCUGGAGAACGAGGGAGAUCAGGUGAUCUACACCCACAAGUUCCUCAGCCAGCACCCCAUCAUCUUCUGGAACCUGGUGUGGUAUUUCCGUCGCCUGGACCUGCCCUCUCACCUACCUGGUCUCAUCCUCACCUCUGAACACUGCAACAAAGGAGUACAGCUGCCCCUGACGUCACUGUCCCAGGACAGCAAACAGGUUUACGUCCAGCUCCUGUGGGACAACAUCAACCUGCACCAGGAACAUGGAGAUCCACUCUACCUGCAGUGGAGGACGUUGUUGGAGAAGAAGGGGACGUUGGCUCCGACCGACCACCAAGAGAUUCGAACCCUCCUCAACACAAUUGUUCGCAACAUCCAGACCAACGAUGUCUACGGGCCAAUCAACCUGCUGAUCCGAGAGAUCAAACGGCGCCCCGAGGGUGUCAAACGGCAGAGGAGUAUCUACAGAGAAAUAUUGUUCCUCUCUCUGGUGGCCUUGGGGAAGGAGAACAUCGACGUAGAGGCCUUCGACAGGGAGUACCGCGUUGCUUACGACCAACUCAGCACGGAGCAGCUCAAGUCUUUGCACCGCAUCGAUGAGCCGCCGACCCCGAGCAUCCAGUGGUGCCUUAAAUCUUUCGGGACCCCGUUUAUCUGAGCACCAACAUCUGUAGCAAAGAUGGAAACUCUGACUACAGGAAGGAAGGAUAGACAGCAGGCCGGGGUCUGAGCUAUGACAUGGUACUCUUUCUUCCCCUCGUCUCAGACGACGCCCACUGUCAACUUUUUUUUUUACAGCUGUAUAACACUUUUCACCGGGUUUUCCAAGCAGCUACUUACAGGUGGGACUGUUUCUGUAAAGAGCUUGGAGAGCUGCAGUGAAGCUUUUGGGAUUAGUUGAGGUGUGUUUCAUUACAGGUGGUGUAUAGAAUGAUUAAUCACUGUACAGAAUGUACUGACUGCCCCUGUGGUGUAGACAUAUGCGUGUUUGUGUGUGUGUUUGCAGUCAGUUCCCUCAUAGCCUUUUGCCCACUUUGCUUAAGUCUGCUAUCUCAGAUUAGAGUAUUUUGAGUUGUUUGAGACCGUGUACAGAUCCUGACUGCUUCUUUGUGCACUUUCUAAAAAACAAAAACAAAAAAAAAAACAGCUCAAGUCCACCUUUCUUUUUGUACAUAUCGUUUACAUUGGUGGGGAAAAAAAUCUGAAACCAGAGUUGCCUGUUUUGUUUUUGGGGAGGCAAGAAGUCAAAACGCCUUGACUGUUUGUGUGAUGCGAGUCUUAAUGAAUGUUCCCGUCUGUUUCAUUGUCAGUGUACAGGCUCAGAGUGAGGCGCUCUGUCUGUGUAAAUAUGUGUGGGAGCACAUGUGUAAAUGUGAGAGGACUGAGGACAAUCACUAAUUAUCAAUCACUAAAAUUCUAUAACAUUCCAGACUCCCUGCUAUCAAGACAGGUCUUAAAGAAGUAUUAUUGAUCCCUGCGACAACACUCAUGUGACUCAAACAAGCCAAUAAGAGGGAGAGAUUAUUUAAGAAAAACGUAUAUUAAUCUGAAAUGAAAAGACAUGCCACACUACUGAUUUCCCCCACAUUCAAACAAGAUUAUCUGCAGGGAUGGACAGUGCCUCAGUGACAGAGAAGUCAUUUCAACUUGUGUUUUUAUAUAUCUGCCUUUUUUUAACAGUAGCAUACUGUACCUGUUCAGCUAAUAUGCCUUACUGCAAUGUUAAAUUAGAACUGUACCUUACAUGUACUGGAGCUACACUCAUAGCAUAAAAUGAAGCAGUAAGUUUUUUUGUUUUUUUUUUAAUUUGAUAUAUUCUUCACAGAUGAAAGCAUUUCUGGUUUACACACGGUAGCUUUGGACAAUACUGGUAGCAGUUAGAGCUUUAUACCCCAAAGGGCUUCUUCAGCAUGGCCGAUACUGUGUUCACUUUACAACAUUCCACUUAAUAACAGACAGAAGAGGAUAAAAAGCAAAAGUGCUGUGAUGAACUGUGUCCUAUUGUAGACUUGGGAGAGAGAUUUGUACAGAAUAUAGUGAGAUAUUCAAUUUGCACUGCAUAGAUUGAAACCUGACCUUUAACCCAGGGUGAGGGUGAGAUGAGACCAUCUCAGAAUAUUAACAAACAGGCGUUUGUCCUCAAAAAAACACAAACAAAUUCUCAAUUAUUUAUUUUUGUAUUAUUGACAUUUGGGUUGCAGACAGUGUAGUAACUUAGAAUUUUUAUGACUAACAAUCCCCCUCUUUCCCUUUUUAAUCUGUCUUUUUCCACCCUGUACUGACUUUGUAAAUUUGACCUCCUUGGCAGAGGAUGUACAGCAGAGACUGUUGUUUAACAGUAGAUUAAGUGAUCUCUUACCGUCCUGUGGAAAAAGGAACUGAAUGUCUACACGGAAGUGCGCUGCAAUAAAUGAGUUUGUGAACUGAUUGAAAAUUAAA